AUGCCGAACGUCUUUGCUGUACCCGUCUUCUUCAUUUGCUUUCGCGAGUGCCUCGAGACCAGCAUCAUUGUCUCUGUGCUGCUCGCUUUCCUAAAGCAAACUCUUGGUCCUGAGCAAGAUGCUACUGUUCACAAAAGGCUUGUUCGACAGGUCUGGUACGGCGUCGGUGCCGGCGUCUUCAUAUGCCUCAUUAUCUGCGCAGGCGUGAUCGGCACCUUCUACACAGCGGGCCGAAACUCUUUCGAGUCCGCAGAGAACGUCUGGGAAGGAGUGUUUGCCAUCCUCGCCAGCGUCAUCAUCACUCUGAUGGGUGCUGCUCUUCUUCGUGUCAGCAAGCUGCAGGACAAAUGGCGUCUCAAGAUCGCCAAAGUCUUGGAGCAGAAGGACUCGAAGCUACCUAUCAAGGGUAAGCUGAAGAAGUGGACAGAGAAAUAUGCCAUGUUCAUCCUACCAUUCAUCACUGUGCUCCGAGAGGGCAUUGAGGCCGUCUUAUUCAUCGCCGGAGUUGGUCUUGGACUCCCAGCUACAUCGUUCCCGCUCGCUGUCCUCUGUGGUCUCGGCGCAGGCGCACUUAUUGGCUACCUCAUCUACAAGGGCGGCAACAAAACGUCUCUGCAGAUCUUCCUUGUCAUAUCGACCUGCUUUCUGUAUCUCGUUGCUGCUGGCCUUUUCUCGAAGGGUGUGUGGAGCCUCGAGCAGAAUGCCUAUGUUAAGCUAGCUGGCGAGGGCGCUGCGGAGGCAGGCGCAGGGCCAGGAAGUUACGACAUCAGGAAGAGUGUUUGGCAUGUCAACUGCUGCUCCCCUCUCGAAAACGGUGACGGUGGCUGGGGCAUCUUCAAUUCGCUAUUUGGCUGGCAAAACAGCGCGACAUACGGUUCCGUCAUCUCCUACAACCUAUACUGGCUUGCUGUCAUUGUGGGAUUCGUAUUCCUAGGCUGGAAGGAAGGCAAGGCGGGCGCCACUCCUGUCGCAGAAGCCGAAAGCGACGCGUCUAGCGGCCAUGCAGAACACGCGGGGAAGAAGACCAGCACAGAGGGCGUUGUGGUGGGUACAGCAGUAAAGGAGGUCAAAUAG